GUCUAUGUGUGUGUUUGAGUCUCUCUCUCGCGCUCUCCACGGGAUGGCUCAAAUCAAAUGCGGAAGUUUACACCCAGUCAAGCCGCUGCCGCCACGAGCAAGAUGAGUGUUGACAUGACAGUCGAGCUGUAGCGAGGGCGAGAAGCGGUGCGUCGGUGACAGCGAGGCGGCGAGAGAGCGCGCAGGGAAACACACACCGGAGCCAGCGCCGCCGAACUGGACUUCAGACCGAACACAUGGCCUCUCUGGGCAGCGCGGACCGACGGGCUUUCGCUCUGAAAAUCAACAGGCACUCCUCUGCAGAGAUCAGACGGAACUUCAGUGGGAACUAUGGCUUUCAACACAGCCGAACCAACUCCAACGCUUCGGCAACAGGGUACCUUGCUGUGCCUCAGUUGUAUGACGCGGUGGAGCCGUUGGACCUGGAGGAAUUCCUCACGUCACAGUUAAGAAGCGGAGAAACGGCCCUGAUGCAGGAACUCGGAGACUUCCCCGACGACGACCUGAAGGUGGAGCAGGUGGAGAAGGAGUGUCGCACUGUCAGACACUCCGUCCCCGAAGAUGGACUGGAGUUGGAUCCACAUGUGAGAGACUGUGUGAAGAGUUACAUCCAGCCAUGGCUUGUUGUCUCGAGAAGGUGCCAGGGGGAUGGUUGGAGUGCAUAUUCGGAGCGAGCCGGCCUGCACAAACUCCUUCGGAAACAGACAUUUGAGUCUGACUUCCAGCCAGAAAACCCAGAGAAAACAGUCAAGUCACCGACUCUAGCUGAUCUGAGCGAUGACUCUGGCCGCACGCUGACGUCCUCUGACUUUGACUUGAGGUGUUUGACCCCGGACCAGAGAGUGGAGGGCUUGCUGGCCUGGAGCAGCCACGAGGAGCUGGACCGCUUCAACCAGGAGGCGCGGCAGGGGAACAGACACCCCGAGCUGUUUGCUUUGUACCCGCCAGCCGACGAGGAAGAUGCAGUGGAGAUCCGGCCCAUCCCCGACUGCCCCAAAGAACACACUGGAGACCGAAUCCUGAUCAGAUGCCAGGCCAUCAAGUUUGAGAUCGAAAUCGAGCCCUUAUUUGCCACCAUGGCCUUGUAUGACCUGAAAGAGAAGAAAAAGAUAUCUGAGAACUUCUACUGUGAUCUGAACUCAGAACAGUAUAAAAACUUCUUGAAACCUCACACACCACAUGUGGAUCAGUCCACCCUGGCCAGAUCCGCCAUCUUCCCCAUCACCUACCCUUCCCCAGAUAUCUACCUGGUCAUCAAGAUUGAAAAGGUUCUCCAGCAGGGAGAGAUCAGUGACUGUGCUGACCCCUACAUCACACUGAGGGAAUGUGACUCUUCAAAGAACAAGGACAAGCUGGAGAAGCUGCGAGGUCAGGCGGAGAUGUUCUGCCAGAGGCUGGGUCACUAUCGCAUGCCUUUCGGCUGGGCGACCGUCAAGAUAAUGGAUGUGAUCUCGACGGCUGCAAUAGACCGAGAUGUCACUGACUCCGAUAGCUUAAAAGGAGGUAAAUCCAGCAGCAUGGACCGGAGAGCGCAGCUUCCCAGGAGGAAUUCUGAACGUUACGGUACCCUUGAUGAUCAGUUUUGCAACAUCGCUGCCUUCAAACCUGCUACCAUCACUAUCAGCACCAUCUUCAAACAGGAGGGAGAUCGUUUGAGUGACGAGGACUUGCUGAAGUUCCUGUCAGAGAUCAAGAAAACUUCCACUCCACAGAGGAGGAUCAAGAUAAUACCAGGUUCCAUAAAACUGGACAUGUCUCCAGUCCACGACAUGCCACUAGCAUGUUUGUCCACUGAGCUCAUCCCUCUGAUACCUGUGGCUGAGAAGAACAUUCGGCCAGUCAAAGAGGUGCUGGAGUUCCCAUCCAGUGAGGUUUACGUCCCUCACAACAUUUACAGGAACCUGCUCUUUGUCUACCCACAGAGGCUAAACUUUGUCAACCGGCUCACAUCAGCGAGAAACAUCACCAUCAAAAUCCAGUUUAUGAGUGGAGAGGACCCAGCGCCUUCUCUACCUGUCAUUUUUGGGAAAUCAAGUGGGCCUGAGUUUUUACAGGAAGUCUACACCCCUGUUACCUACCACAACAAGUCCCCAGACUUCUACGAGGAAGUGAAGAUAGCUCUUCCAGCCCGUCUGACGGAGAGACACCACCUGCUGUUCACCUUCUACCACAUCAGCUGCCAGCAGAAGCAGAACCAGAGCGGCAGCUGUGAGACUCUCAUUGGAUACUCUUGGCUGCCCAUAGUGAAUAAUGACCGACUGCAGACAGGUCAGUUCUGUCUGCCGAUCGCUCUGGAGCGACUACCUGUCAACUACUCACUCCACACGCCUGAGAAACUUCCUCCUCAGGUGCCUCCUGUCAAGUGGAUGGAAGGUCACAAAGGACUUUUUAACCUGGAGGUCCAGGCUGUGUCGUCUGUACACACACAGGACAACCACCUGGAGCGUUUCUUCACCCUCUGCCAUGCCCUGGAGGGCGGAGCUACAUUCCCGUUGAGGGUCAGGGAUGAGAAGAUUCCAGAGAACAAGCUGGAGCACGAGCUGAAACUCAGCAUCAUCUCCCUGUCCUCCUCCAGUUUGGAGCCUCUGGUCCUCUUCCUCCACCUGGUGUUGGAUAAACUCUUUACGCUCAUCAUGCAGCCAAUGGUCAUUGCCGGCCAGACCGCCAAUCUGGCCCAGAUAGCUUUCGAAUCAGUGGUGUCUAUCGUCAACAGUCUUCACAACAGUCAGGAGCUGAACAGGGACCAGCAGGGUAGGAACUGCUUGUUGGCGACCUACCUUUACUGGGUGUUCCGUCUGCCGGAUCCCCCUCAAGACAUGCAGAACACAGGUUCGGGCAGUAUAUCGUCGGCAGAGAGCCGUUACAGCACAAUGGGCCGGGCCACGGCAGCCACAGUCGGCAGCAUGCUUCUCCAGUCCAGGAUCCGCAGCAGCAGCAACCCUGACAUCCCCGGUCCACAAAUGUCUGCUGAAGACGCCGAGGUCAAAAACAUCCUCUCUGCCAAGGGCCACAACAACCCGGGCAGCCGCAUGUCCACCUAUGUGGACGUAAGCAACCACCAGAGCCCCACAGGAAGCACGAGACCCUCCAACAGGAAGCAGUUUCACGAGGAGCUGGCUCUGCAGAUGGUCGUCAGCACCGGGGUCUGCAGAGAGAACGCAUACAAAUAUGCCUGGUUCUUCUUUGAGCUGCUGGUGAAAAGCAUGGCUCAGCACGUGUCUCACCUCGACAAGAACAGCGUCCCCCGGAGAAGCCGCUUCUCCGACCGAUUCAAGGACGACAUCACCACCAUUGUCUCCGUGGUUACAGCCGAGAUCGGGACCAUCCUUGUCAAGCAGCAUAAGGAGGUCGAGCAAGCGGAGAAAGUCAACAUCAGCCUGGCCUUCUUCCUCUACGACCUCCUGUCUCUUAUGGACCGAGGAUUUGUCUUUCAGCUGGUGAAAGGCUACUGCAACACGCUGUCAGCUAAGAGUGUGUCAAUGCCAACACUGAUCAGCAUGCGUCUGGAGUUCCUGCGAAUCCUGUGCAGCCACGAGCACUACCUCAACCUGAGCCUCUUCUUCAGCAGCCCUGCGUCCGCUCCCGCCUCACCGUGCCCAUCUAUCUCCUCACAGAGUUCUGGCUCGUGCAGUUUCCAGGAGCAGCAGAGGAUCUUGGGGCUGUUCGAGCUUUCUCAGGAAUUCAAGCAGCAGCACUACCUCACCGGUCUGCUGCUUACAGAGCUCAGUGCCGCCCUCGACAUGGAGUCAGAAGGGGGAAAGGUCCAGAGAAAGGCCAUCAACGCCAUCUACAGCCUGCUGUGCUCCCAUGAUCUUGACCAUCGCUGUAUCAAACCGGAGGUCAGAGCCAAGGUGGCUGCUCUCUACCUCUCCCUGGUGGGGAUUAUCAUCGACUCAACCAACUAUCUGGACUUCACUGUUUCUGACACCCGCGGUGGGAAAAACAAGACGGGCGGACCUGAGGAUGACCUUGAAAAUGUCCCACCCAUCAAUCAGUCUGUUGCCAUGGCGAUUGCCGGGAACCCUUUCAACACGCUGGGACGUAAUGUUCUCGUUUCCAUGGCAUCCAUGCAAGGUAAAUCUGUAGCCACCCUGGCAGCAGACACCAGCCGCCACCUGUUGGUGUGUUUCUUGUGGGUGAUGAAGAACGCCGACAAGAGUCUGAUUCAGCGCUGGACUAUAGAUAUGCCUCCCUCGCAGCUCAACAAGCUGCUGGAGCUCCUCACUAUCUGCGUGUCCUGCUUUGAGUACAGGGGUAAGCAGAGCACUGACAAAGUGAGCACCCAGGCCUUACAGAAAUCUCAUCAGGCCAAGCUGCAGCUGGAGGAAGCUCUGCUGAGAGGAAUGGGAGCCCGCGGGGAAAUGAUGAAACGAGUCGGAGGAAUGGACAGGACCAUGGGUCAGAGAGAGCACCUACGAUGGAGGAAAGACCUCACUCAGUGGCGACAAACUAACGACAGACAGGAUAAGACUAAAGCAGAGUUGGACCAGGAGGCGCUGAUUAGUGGAAAUUUAGCCACGGAGACUAACCUGAUAGUGCUGGACCUGCUAGAAACUAUCCUACAGGCGGUGCCUUUGGCUGAGUGUAAGGACAGCGUGGUUGGUGGGGUGUUGAAGGUGUUACUCCACUCUCUCACCUGCAACCAGAGUACCACUUUCCUCUCUCACACCUUCAGCACACUCAGAUCGCUUGUUGUCAAGUUUGGGGACCUGUUGUUUGAGGAGGAGGCGGAGCAGUGUGCGGACCUGUGCCAGAAGGUGCUCCAGUACUGCAGCAGCCCCGUCGAUGAGAACAGGAGCCAGGCCUGUGCCACCCUCUACCUCAUCAUGAGAUACAGCUACAGCAAUGCCAGUAACUUCUCCAGAGUGAAGAUGCAGGUCACCAUGUCUCUGGCCUCGCUGGUCGGCAAGUCGUCAGACUUCCAGGAGGAAUACUUGAGGCGCUCGCUCCGCACCAUCCUGGCCUACGCAGAGGAGGACACGGAGAUGCAGAACACUCAGCUGCCCUCGCAGGUGGAUGAGCUUCUAAGAAACCUUAACAGUAUUUUGUCAGACACCGUGAAGAUGAGGGAGUUCCAGGAAGACCCAGAGAUGCUCAUGGACCUCAUGUACAGGAUAGCGAAGGGCUACCAGACAUCUCCUGACCUGCGUCUGACCUGGCUGCAGAACAUGGCGGAGAAACACAACAACAGGAAGUGCUACACUGAGUCGGCGAUGUGUCUGGUCCACGCCGCUGCCCUGGUGGCCGAGUAUCUCAGCAUGCUGGAGGAUCACAAGUACCUGCCUGUGGGCAGCGUCACCUUCCAGAACAUCUCCCCCAACGUGCUGGAGGAGUCAGCGGUGUCGGAUGACAUCCUGUCCCCGGAUGAAGACGGGGUGUGUUCGGGACGGUACUUCACGGAGAGCGGCCUGGUGGGGCUGCUCGAGCAGGCGGCUGAGCUCUUCAGCAAUGGUGGUCUCUACGAGGCGGUGAAUGAGGUGUACAAGAUCAUCAUACCGAUCCUAGAGGCUCACAGAGAUUUCAGGAAACUGGCAUCCACUCAUGACAAAUUACAGAGAGCCUUUGAUAACAUCAUUCAGAAGGGCCACAAGAGGAUGUUUGGAACAUAUUUCCGGGUUGGUUUUUAUGGGGCCAAGUUCGGCGACCUGGACGAACGGGAAUUCAUUUACAAGGAACCGGGGAUCACACAUCUGCCCGAGAUAUCACACAGGCUGGAGAACUUCUACAGUCAGUGUUUUGGAGAGGAGACACUAGUGAUGAUCAAGGACUCUACACCAGUGAAUAGAAAACAACUCAACCCCAACAAGGCAUACAUCCAGAUCACCUACGUGGAGCCCUUCUUCGAUGACUACGAGAUGAAAGACCGGAUGACAAACUUUGAGAAGAACUUCAACCUGCGGCGUUUCAUGUACACCACGCCAUUCACCAAGAGCGGGCGCCCCCGGGGUGAACUCAACGAGCAGUACAAGAGGAAGACCAUCCUCACCACCAUGCAUGCCUUCCCCUACGUCAAGACUCGCAUCAAUGUCAUCCAGAAAGAGGAGUUUGACCUGACUCCCAUUGAGGUGGCCAUCGAGGACAUGCAGAAGAAGACUAGAGAGCUAGCAGUCGCCACACACAGAGAGCAGCCGGAUGCCAAGAUGCUACAGAUGCUGCUUCAAGGAUCUGUGGGCGCCACUGUUAACCAGGGCCCAUUGGAGGUGGCGCAGGUCUUCCUGAAUGAGAUCCCAGCGGACCCGAAGCUCUUCCGUCACCACAAUAAGCUGCGCCUGUGUUUCAAAGAGUUUAUAAUGAGGUGUGGUGAGGCCGUUGAGAAGAACAAGCACCUGAUCACAUUGGACCAGAAAGAGUACCAGCAGGAGCUGAAGAAGAACUACAACCGCCUGAGAGAGAGCCUGAGGCCGAUGCUGGAGAGGAAGAUUCCCGAGCUGUAUAAACCCAUCAUCAGGCCACGGCUGGAGAACAGGGAUUCCUUCAAACGUCUAAGUUUCCGCAGAACUCAGGAGGAAAACCCCUGAGAUGCCACGACUCGCCUGAGAGAGAGAGGGAGAGAGAGAGAGAGAGAGAGAGAGAGAGAGAGAGAGCUAUACGGAGAGGAAGAGGAGGCUGUCACACAACCAGGAGAGGAACUGAGAGGAUGAGGAGAGGAACUCCUGGUUAUAAUCCCGCAUUUCCCUGCGCUGGAGUACCACAUUGUGUCUACAAUGGACGACUCACAGUUUCUGAACAGUCCAGCAGUGUUAAAAAACGUCUGCUGCACGUCCACUUUUAUGAUUUCACGGUUUGUUGGUUACAGGAGGUGAAAGGAGAGUGAGCACAUAGCAAUAGGGAGGCAGGAAUCUAAAGCGAAGUGUAGCUUAUUGAGCAUUUCACUGUAAAGUCUUCAGAUGCUUUCGGCUCUGUGGAUUUUUCUUUUUUUUUUUUUUAGAUAACUGCAAGUCCUAAUGAUGCUGCAAACAUUUCCACUGGGUUGGUUUAGAAGCAGUUCCUCUCUGAGGUCCCUUGCCGGCCCAGGGCCCAUACGUGUGCCAAUACUGCUAGUGUCCUGCGUGUAUGUAAAUGUGUGAAUGGAUGUGUGUUCACUUAGAUAUUCUUCGGAGUAGAAGAUUUUGGUGCCAUACUGAAGUCACUUUGUACUCUGUGAUCAUAGACAAGUCUGCUUCGUUGCGAAAAGGACCUUUGAAAUUCCACUCCGGACAUCUGUGCGUGACAUGUGCCAGUUAGAGAAGCAAAAGUACGGAUGGAUUUGUGCACUGGAAAAAUAGACGCAAUUUUUCUAAGUUUUUUUUUUUUUUUUUUUUUUUACUCUUACGGCCAUUCUUGUCUCAUUAUUGUUAGACAUGCAGCACCUGGCCACGUAGCUAUCAAAGAGUCUAACUUGAGUUUGAUGUGAGUUUCACAGGAGGCAGACCGACAGAUUACACACGGCUUAUGUCUAAAAUCCGCAUUUUGAAUAUAGCCGAGGUGUCACAUCAGAUAAUUACAAACAUGUUUACAAAGGUAUGAAAAAAAUAUUUUGCAUUUUAUUUUACGGAAAUGUAUUUUUAGACAAUAAAUAAUAGCAAUGAUGAUAUUAGCUUGUAGGCAGGAUUCAGUGACUGAGUGUACUGUAACAAUUUGUGUAUGUCUGCAGUCGUUUCCUGUACCUGUUUGUAAAUAGAUCGACGAUACACACAGUGCCAAAUUUAAUUCCUUGCAUACCUAGGGACUGAGAUACUUAACUAGAGAUGCAAUAUUUUGAGAAGUCACUCCACACAGCGGUGCUUUGCUGUGUGAAUUAUGUUUACUCCGUAUUUCAGAAUACAUUCCAGAGGAGACAUUUACUGCUGCUUUGCAGUGUUAAACAGUGACAAUCUGAUUUUAUUUGACAUCCAUGAGACAGCUCAAUUCAUUGGUGUUCUGUUGCAGCUCGUACUGUAUUUCAGUAAUGUAAAUGUGCUUGGCAUUUCAAAAGUGGGUAUACAUUUUUUUUAGUACAUUAUUAAUACUCACAUCCUCUCUGUUUCCAGGUACAUCUCUUAUUUAUGAACUGUUGAAUGUUUUGAAAGUGGCUAAAUAAGAUGAAAGUUAUACAGCGUGUGUAUUAAUUGUGAGAAAUUAAAUGUAUACCUAUUUUUUUAAUACAUGCAAGAAAUAUUGCUGAGAGUUCUUAUUAUAAGAUAUUUUAGUGGCAUUCAGCCACUGGAGACUGCGUUCAUGGUUCUUUAUCCAUCAUUUUUUAUGUUCAUACUUGUGUUUUAUUAAAUGUUGAAUUCUAACUCAUCAUGCAAACGAUGCUGUUGAAGCACCUGAAUAAAACUUAAUAUAUGCACA